CACACUGGUUUUUCACAGCAACAGCAAAGCAAGCGGACGACGUUGGUCUCGUCAACGAGAUUUUCGAUACAAAAACAAAUAGAGAAAUAACAAAUUUAAAAAACCCAUUCACAAGAUGAUGAAAGCCGUGUCCUGUGCCUAUGUGCGCGCCACCGCACAGGCGCUGUCUAACAGCCUGCGGGCCACCGGAGCAGCCGUUGCCACACGCCAGGCUCACACCGACCUGCAGGUGCCUGACUUUUCGGCCUAUCGUCGUGACUCUGUGAAGGAUUCGCGUCGCCGCAACGAGAGCGCCGAGGAGCGCAAAGCCUUCUCCUAUCUGCUGGUGGGCGCCGGCGCCGUUGGCGGUGUCUAUGCGGCCAAGGGCAUGGUGAAUGCUUUCGUUGGCUCGAUGAGCGCCUCGGCUGAUGUCUUGGCCAUGGCCAAGAUCGAGAUUAAGUUGGCUGACAUAGCAGAGGGCAAGUCGGUGACGUUCAAGUGGCGCGGCAAGCCACUAUUCAUCCGCCAUCGUACCCCAGCCGAGAUCGAGACAGAGCGGAGCGUGCCCACCUCCCAGCUGCGUGAUCCCGAGACAGACGAUCAACGCGUGGUCAAGCCCGAGUGGCUAGUCGUCAUUGGCGUCUGCACACAUCUGGGCUGUGUGCCAAUUGCGAAUGCCGGAGAUUUCGGUGGCUAUUAUUGCCCCUGCCACGGUUCCCAUUAUGAUGCAUCGGGUCGCAUCCGCAAGGGCCCGGCGCCAUUGAACCUGGAGGUGCCCACCCACGAGUUCCCCGAUGAGACUACCCUGGUCGUUGGUUAAAGAUCCUUCGAAGCGAAAGUUGUUAACGUUUAAGCAAAAGCCCCCGCGACAGCAAAAGUAGAGGAAUGGAUGGAAUGUAAAUUAAUAAAAAAAAAAACACCACAAAAA